AUGGAAGGCGCGACAGGGAUCAUGGCAUCAAGGAUCAACACGCGACGACGACGGCUGAGCAGCUUCUCUUCAACAACAUCGACGACCGAAACCAACAAUGAGGCUAUCCAGAGACUGGUGGACGAUGAAGAGACACUUCAGCAUGACUUCGAGAAAAUGGUCCAUGAGCCACGCAAAUAUCGAGAUGCCACCAGAUGGCUUCGAAGCCUGGGGAUAAUCUUCACCACUAUUUUCAUGGCAGUAGUCGUCCUCAGUUCUAUCUCAAAGCUUUCAUGGGUACCACCAAACCCAAUCUCCUCCAAAGCGGCUUCAGAUACACCAGAAUCCGCUGGGAGGAUACUUGGCAUUCAGCUUCAUCCGGAAGAUCACGUGUCGCGCCAGUCCACCACGAUAACCCACUACUGGAACAUCACAUCUGGAGUAAGUUACCCAGACGGAGUCAAGAAAGCCGUAUAUCUCGUCAACGAUCUAUUUCCAGGCCCUACAAUCGAAUGUCGACCUGGAGACAGACUGAUCAUCCACGUGACGAAUAGUCUAGCUACAGAAGGACUCUCCAUCCACUGGCAUGGGCUGGAGAUGCGAGGAGCGAAUAAUAUGGACGGUGCUGUUGGAUUCACACAAUGUCCUAUACCACCAGGCGAGUCAUUCACCUAUGAUUUCAUGAUUGGGGAUGAGAACUAUGGCACUUUUUGGUGGCAUGCGCAUUCCCAGGUUCAGAGGGGGGAUGGGAUGUAUGGUGGGCUUGUGGUUCAUAAACCUGUUGAGGUGGGGAACGAUUUGGUGGAGUAUGGUUAUGAGAGAGAUGUUUUGGUGAUGAUUGGAGACUGGUAUCAUCGAAGUGCGGAUGAAGUGCUGGGUUGGUAUACUAGCGCGAGGGGUUUUGGGAAUGAGCCAGUCCCGGACUCUUUACUGGUCAACGGUCUGGGAAACUUCAUCUGCUCGAUGGCUGUUCCAGCACGACCGGUUGAAUGUAUACAGGGCAAGGAAAGGAGUUUGCCAAGUCUGUUUGGAUCACAAUCAUACCGGCGGCCAAUACGGGUACGGCUUGUGAAUGUUGGGUCCCUUGCCGGAUUCACUGUGCAAUUGUCGUCUGCUACUCUCAAAACACUGACCGUUGAUGGCGGGUAUCCCAUCUUGGGUCGUGUUGCCAGCUCCGUUGGCAUUCUUUAUCCUGGGGAACGUGUUGACGUGCUUGUCACUUGGAAUCCUCAAGCUGCAUUUACCCCUCCGGAACUGAGAAUAUUUCUCGAUCCAGAAAACUUCAAAUACCCCAACCAAGCUCUACGACCGAACCAAUCUUUCCCUGCCUUCGAUUUCGCUCCUCUAUUCAACGAAAAGAUCUCUUUAGAAAAUCCUUUCAAUGACUUCAACCUCGCAACAGCACUCAGUCCCUCAUUCUCAGUUACAGUCCCACCUACUGCCCAGCAAACCAUCCUCCUCUACGCUAAAACGGAAAAGCUCUCCAUUUCCAACAAUCACCCCACCGGUUACAUGAACCGCACAACCUGGUCCCCGCAAUCCAACCCUUCCUUCCCACUCAUCUUCCUCCCGCGUUCACAAUGGGACGAACACCAACUUAUGCCUCGCAUUCCUCUCCCACCACAGUCUAGUGCUAAGUCCGAGUCUGAAAACGGAACAUGGGUCGACAUAAUAAUCAACAACCUCGACGACGGUGCCCACCCCUUCCACCUCCACGGAUACUCAUUCUACGUCUUAGCGUCGCAUCGGUCAGAGCAUGGAUGGGGAAGCUAUAAUCCAUAUGCGGACACUCUGCCAAAGCCGAAAAUAAAUAUUGCGAAUCCUGUACGGAAAGAUACAGUCAGUGUACCGAGGAGAGGAUAUGUGAUCAUACGAUUCAAAGCGGAUAAUGUGGGGAUUUGGAUGUUGCAUUGUCAUGUGCUUUUCCAUCAGGGGAGUGGAAUGGCGAUGGGGGUGCAGGUUGGAGGGGAAGAAGGACAUGGUGUUGUUGAUGAGGGGGCGAGGGGGUUAUGUAGAGGUUGAUCUUGGAGCUGAUGAUGGAACUUUCACUGGACGAGAGACAGGCGGUCACUUUCGACUUCGUGCUCCAGGCUCUCCCAUGCUGCAUCCGCAUUUUGUAUAUUUAACGAGUCUUCCAUGAAUUUUUGUUUCUAUCAUAUCAUCCAACCGCUCGGUAGCAUGGACUAUAGAGUUUUGAUGAUGGUGCUCCCUGUGGCGGCGUCGUUCUUUAUUCCGCUCAGCUGCUGUUGUUGGGAAAGCAAGGGUGAGUUAGAAGCAGGUAUUACCCUGUUUCACAUCUUAUUGGUUACUAUUGUGGGCCAACGGGGUACUUUCCUGAAUGAAUCGACUUCGUUGUUUGUGAGCUCAUUAUUAGUUGGCCUUUGGCUGAAUAGAAAUAGGAAUUUUGAGAGUAAACAUGUUAGGAAUCGGUUUAUCUGGUGGAGUCCUUUACGGAG